AAAAAAACCACACCUGAAGAGGUAGAGAAAUUCAAUCUCAUUUAUUUGUAGAAAACUUCAAGAAUACAAGAUUUUCUUGCUUUCUUCUUUGCCUUUCUCUCUCUCAAUCUCUCAGUUUCUUCUCUCUUUUUUCUUUCUCCAUUUCUUCUCCCUCUUUUCUCCCUCUCGAUCUCUCCACUUCUGCCCCCUUUGGUUGGCCAAAGCCCCCUUUUUAUAGACAAAGGGAAAACUCAAUCCCAAUGUGCUUCUAAUAUCUAAUCCAAAUCCCUAAGAUAACAACCCAAUCCUACUUGGAAUGGGAUUUCUUAGUUUUUCCCACAUCUACCCCUUUUCAAGUCUAGAUUCAUACCUUUUAUGCCUUAGAACUCCCCCACUUUGAAUCAAUUUCGAACUCUUCUUCGGCGACUCUUGAUGAUGACUUUCAAUCUUCGAAAAUUUCUUCAAAACUUGAGUAGAUUAAGGAUAAGCCAAGGAGAUUUUGUGAUUUUUUUCUGUGUGAGAGGGGCUGGUGGCAGAGCAACGAGAUGUGGUGACAAAUCAUUUUGCAUGGCUAAACCAAAUCACUUGGAAACUACGUCAGAUGCUCUGCAUAUGACCAAUUUGCACUCAGAACAGCAUCUGCUCUGUUAUGUUCAUGCUCGGCAUGACUUCAUCGAUGGUAUCGUGCAUGGUAUUGAAACUGGUGACUUUUUCUUCACAUUUGGUUCUACAACAAAAUGGAGGGAAAGCCAAAUGGGAAACGAUUUUCAACCUUGAACUCCACAAGAAGAGAGAUUAUUGGUGCAAGGCUUUAAGGUCUGUGAAUGGAGUGUUCGAGCACCCACAGGUUAAAGGGUUUCCAUAAAGAUAGUGAUCCUUA